ACUAUUAAACCUUCUGUGUUUUCCUUUUGUGUCUUCUCUUUGCACCCAAACCAUGGCUACUUCACUCAAGCCACCCACCGUUGCUUCUGCAUUGCUUAAGCAGCCAACCGCCACCAUGAAGGAGGAGUCGAGCAUGAAAUAUUACUCGGACGACCUCGUCACAGGCUACAUUUACGACAAACAUCGGGACGACGACACAACCAAAAUCGAUCUCCCUCAUUACAUCUCGGUUAUUGAGAAUAUCAUGACUCUUGCCGAUCGAAUUACCGACGCCAUUCUUCGGGGUACCGAAGGACGUCUAGUACCUUCAGAUGAAUCUUUGACAUCUAAUGUUUCAAUUGAGCCUCCGCUUUGUGCUCUUCACAAUAUCACGAGCGAGCUUUCGUGCAAGGCUCCCGGGAUCGAAAAUGCACACGAGAUUACACUAAAAAUCUUCGAAUUAUUGGCUAAUUAUCCAUGGGAAGCCAAGGCAGCGCUCACUUUGAUAGCCUUUGCAACGGAUUAUGGAGAUUUAUGGCAUCUCUACCAUUAUUCCCAUACCGAUCCAUUGGCUAAGUCAUUGGCCAUUAUCAAGCGAGUAGCUAUGUUGAAGAAGCACUUGGACUCACUUCGAUACCGUCAAGUGCUACUCAGCCCCAACAGUUUGAUCAACAGCUGCUUGCAAGCAAUAAAAUACAUGAACCAAAUUAGAGAAUUCUCCAAAUAUGAUGUCAAGGAGCUUCCUGAAUUGCCUGCUGCUCUUCGUCAAAUCCCAUUAAUCACUUAUUGGGUUAUACACACAAUUGUUGCUUCUAGAAUCGAGCUCUCCAGCUAUCUUAGCGAAACCGAGAACCAAUCGCAGAAAUACUUGAAUGAAUUGUCUGAAAAGAUCGCCAUUGUAUUGGCGGUGCUUGAAAAGCAUCUAGACGCCAUCCGAGAACAAUAUGAGGAGGUCGACCUCUACCGAUGGCUGGUUGACCACAUCGAGCAUUAUCAUACGGACAUUACAUUGGUUAUGUCUAAGCUUCUUAGUGGCAAAAUUGAAGCCAAGCCACUUAUUGAUGGCUCUACCCUAAGAGAGGUUAGCAUUCAAGAAAGUUUAGCGGGGAAGAAUGUGGUGUUGGUGAUUUCUGAAUUGAAUAUCUCAGAUGAUGACAUGAGAGCUCUUCAUCAAGUUUACAAUGAAUUGAAAAGAGACAAUAAGCAUGAGAUUGUUUGGAUUCCAAUUAUCCCAGAGCGUUUUCUUGAGGAAGAUCGAAGGAGAUAUGAGUAUCUACGGUCUACGAUGAAAUGGUACUCAAUGCAAUUCAGUACAAGAGUGGCUGGCAUGAGGUAUAUUGAAGAGAAGUGGCAAUUGAGAGAGGACCCAUUAGUUGUGGUACUCAAUCCACAGUCUAAAGUGGAAUUUACUAAUGCAAUUCAUUUGAUUCGAGUUUGGGGAACCGAAGCAAUCCCUUUUACUCAUAAUCGAACUGAGCUUCUUUUGAGAAAACAUUGGCCUGAAUCAACCCUUGUCAAGUUCACUCAUCAACCAAGAUUAUUGAGUUGGUUCAACCAAGAGAGAAGCAUCCUAUUCUACGGUGGAAAAGAACCUAAGUGGAUUCAACAAUUCGAGGAAAGAGCAGAAUUUUUGAAAAGUGAUCCUCUAGUAAUCGAAGGGCGUUCAUUUGAGAUCGUACGCAUAGGAAAGAAUGCAAGAGGAGAGGAUGAUCCUGCACUCAUGGCUCGUUUCUGGAAAACACAAUGGGGUUAUUUCAUAAUUAAGAGUCAAAUAAAAGGUUCAAGUGCGAGCGAAACAACCGAAGACAUCUUAAGGUUGAUUUCUUAUGAAAAUGAAGAUGGUUGGGCGGUUCUUACUGUUGGCCCAACCCCUAUUCUAGUUGGUCGUGGCCUUUUGAUUCUAAGAUUGCUCGAUGAUUUCCCAAAAUGGAAGCAAAUGUUACGCCUCAAAGGCUUCCCCGAUGCUUUUAGAGAAUACUUCAACGAGUUGGCUGCCAAGACCCACCAAUGCGAUCGAGUUAUUCUUCCAGGAUUUAGUGGAUGGAUUCCUAUGAUUGUCAAUUGCCCUGAAUGUCCUCGCUUCAUGGAGACUGGCAUUAGCUUCAGGUGCUGUCACGGUCGUCCUCUCGGGUGAUAAUGCCGAUUCAACGACCCAUAUUUUUAUUACUACUACUACUACUAAUAAACGCUUAUUGCUAUUUCUUAUUCCAUGGUUGUUUAUUAGAAUCGAGUCCAAUAGGUCUCGCUACUAAUAUAACCUCAUGUAUUGCUUUGCAUUAGUUCUUCAAUUUUUUUCUUUUUGGUUCACUUUGUAUUUGCUUACAUGAUCAUCUCAUGUAAGAACUACAUCAAAUAAAGGACGUUAUUUGGUUGCUUUUCA